UCGUUCUUUCUCAGGAAAUCCGAAACCAAGCCAGCGACUAUUCAUAUAAGAUGGCAAAACUUCCAGAGAAUCAGAAUCGAAACCGAUAUAGAGAUGUCAGCCCCUAUGAUCACAGUCGCGUUAAACUUGAAAAAUCUGAAAAUGACUACAUCAAUGCAAGUUUAGUCAUGGUUGAGGAAGCUCAAAGAUCCUAUAUUCUGUCUCAGGGCCCCCUGAAGAACACCUGCGGCCACUUCUGGUUGAUGGUCUGGGAGCAGAACUCCAAAGCUGUUAUAAUGCUGAACAGAAUCGUAGAGAAGGGGUCUGAGAAGUGUGCUCAGUACUGGCCUACAGCUGAGGAACACCAGCUGUCUUACACUGACACGGGGUUCGUUGUGACGCUCGUGAAGGAAGAGGACAAGUCCUACUACAUCAUACGAGUGUUAGAGCUGAGGAACACAGAGACAGGAGGAACCAGAGAGAUAUACCACUUUCACUACACCACCUGGCCUGACUUUGGCGUCCCAGAAUCCCCGGCCUCUUUCCUCAACUUCCUGGUCAAGGUGCGGGAGUCUGGCUCAUUGGGGACGGAGCACGGGCCCGCCGUGGUCCACUGCAGCGCUGGGAUUGGACGCUCGGGAACCUUCUCAUUGGUUGACACGUGUCUCAUCCUGAUGGACAAGAGGAAGGACCCGUCGUCAGUGGACAUUCAGAGGGUUCUGCUGGACAUGAGGGAGUACCGGAUGGGUCUGAUCCAGACUCCUGACCAGCUACGUUUCUCCUACAGGGCUGUCCUGGAGGGAGCCAAGAGCAUCAUGGGGGACUGCUCUGCACAGAGCCAGUGGAGCGAGCUGUCCAGAGAGGACAGAGCGACAGUGUGUGAAUCACCGCCCGCCCCCGCUCUACCCCCACCACGGCCUUCAGACGCCCCCGCUCUACCCCCGCCACGGCCUUUAGACGCCCCCACUCUACCCCCGCCACGGCCUUUAGACGCCCCCACUCUACCCCCACCACGGCCUUCAGACGCCCCCACUCUACCCCCACCACGGCCUUCAGACGCCCCCACUCUACCCCCGCCACGGCCUUUAGACGCCCCCGCUCUACCCCCGCCACGGCCUUUAGAUAGCCCCGCCCCCACUCUACCCCCACCACGGCCUUUAGAUAGCCCCGCCCCCACUCUACCCCCACCACGGCCUUUAGAUAGCCCCGCCCCCACUCUACCCCCACCACGGCCUUUAGAUAGCCCCGCCCCCACUCUACCCCCACCACGGCCUUUAGAUAGCCCCGCCCCCACUCUACCCCCACCACGGCCUUCAGACGCCCCCACUCUACCCCCGCCACGACCUUUAGAUGGCCCCGCCCCCACUCUACCCCCACCACGGCCUUUAGACACGCCCGCCCCCCCGUCCCCCAGUCGGCCCUCAGAAAAGCCCAGCGGCCAGCCACUGCCCUGUGUGGAGCCUGAGGCUGUGGCGUUGUCCAGAGAGGACCGGACGUCAGGAGACGGGACAGAUCCAGACAGCUCAGAGAAGGACCUGGCGGAGGUGCCAUGUCUGAGGAAGAGACGCAGGGAGGAGCGUAUCGCCAGCACGGCCCAGAAGCUUCACCUGAUGAAACAGAGACUGACGGACACAGAGAGGCAGAAAGAGCGCUGGCUGUACUGGAGGCCUAUCCUGCUCACCAUGGGGGCUGGAGCUGCCGUGGCCUUGGGGCUAGUGGUGGUUUGGCACUUCUCCCAGUGAUACCCCCUCCCUCUGUCUGAGCUGCCGUGGCCUUGGGGCUAGUGGUGGUUUGGCACUUCUCCCAGUGAUACCCCCUCCCUCUGUCUGAGCUGCCGUGGCCUUGGGGCUAGUGGUGGUUUGGCUCUUCUCCCAGUGAUACCCCCUCCCUCUGUCUGAGCUGCCGUGGCCUUGGGGCUAGUGGUGGUUUGGCUCUUCUCCCAGUGAUACCCCCUCCCUCUUUGUUGCACCAGUACCUGGGACACGGUACCUCUCUCUCUCUGUAGGUACAUUCUCAUGGUCUGUUUGUGCAUAACAGGGGUAUUUAUUUCUACAGGUCAAAACCAAGGUUUGGGUCAAUUCCAUUUUGAUUCCUGUCAAUUCAGGAAGUACACCAAUUCUCUUCAAGCUUUUUUUUCAAUGAUUUAACUUUUUUUAAAUUUAGUUCUACUUUCUGAAUUGAAAUGGUAUUGAGCUCAACCCUGGUGGAAAAGGUCAAAGCACUAGAUCAAACCGUCCCGUGUGUAUAUUUUGGUUCUUUAAGAUCUUCAUGGUAACAUCUUCUCUCAGGCUGUUGGUGCUCCAGUUAGCAGCACCUGGUGAAUAUACUGACUGACCCCCCCCCCCCCCCCCCAUGCAGCAGC